AUGAAGGCGUCUCAAUGGAAAUCAACCAGUGGUGGAAUAGAAAAGCGACUGAAGUACACGACUAGCGCAGAACUCCCCAAGCAUGCGCACAAUCUACCGCCAGACCACACGCUGGUGAAGGUUGCCUACGCGAGCAUCAAUCCUGCCGACUACAAGCUGGCCGAAAUCCCUCUGGUGAACCGUUUCCUCUUCAAGACACCCGCCACUCCAGGGAUCGACUACGCCGGUACUGUGGUCGCCACCACAUCGCCGCAUCUCAAGCCCGGUGACCGCGUGCUUGGAAAGACGCAACCACCUGCCUUUGGCGCUACGGCCGAAUACCUCGUCAUUACCCCUGCAUACAGCUGUGUUGCCUUGCCGGAUGAGGUGGAGUUGGAGCAGGCUGCAUGUGUCGGCGUGGCGGGUCUGACGGCUUAUCAAUCGAUCGCCCCAUUUGUGAAGCUAGGCAGCAAAGUUCUCAUCAAUGGUGGCUCUGGAGGGCGCACCGGUCGUCGAAGCUUGAAGCGCUCGGGAGUACAGUACGAUUUGAUUGUCGACAAUGUCUUUGAAGAACCGCAACUCUACUGGCAGGCCCAUCAUUACCUGAAACCCAGCGGAGUAUACAUUUCGAUAACCUCAAAGUUCACGAUACGCAGCAUCGUGAAUCUUGCAGGAGUCCUUGCGUUGCCACGCUGGUUGGGAGGUGGAAGCCACACUUCGAAAUUCCUUGUCGUUUCCAAUGGCACCCAGGAUGAAUUCCAAGCGGUCACCAAGCUCAUGAAGGAGGGAAAAGUGAAGGUGCCUAUCGAGGAGAUCUUUCCGCUGGAAAAGCUCGGAGAUGCGUAUAUAAGGUUGAAGUCGGGGCGAACAAGAGGCAAGCUUGUUAUUCGGAUCUAG